ACUACAGCAGAAUCAAGAUGCUCUAUAUAUUAAUUAAUAAUAAAUCCUUCGAUCACCUGACCUCACUACUCUUACAAAAUACCACUCAGUUACUAGGUAACUACCUAGGUAAUUUAGCAGUAACUAACUAGAGACCAGCUACUACAUACACUGCAGACUGCAGACUGUACACCAUCAUGUCCACCGCAAUCGCCAACUGGGUCGUCUCUCUGACUUCCACCUCUCUCCCUGCAACCGUCUCCCAGGCCGCCCUCCGGAGCUUCUACAACUGGGCCGGCUGCACCGUCGGCGGCGCUGCCCACCCCGCCACAACCAUCGCCUCGCGCACUCUCUCCCGCUUCUUCGGCCCUCCCACUUCCACCUUGCUGGGCUGUCGUCUCGACACCAAGGUGAUUGACGCCCAGCACGCCGCCCUGAUCAACGGGAUUGCCUCGCACGUCCACGACUACGACGACACACACCUCGACACCAUCAUCCACCCGACUGGUCCGGUGGCUGCCGCGUUGCUGAGCGUUUGCGAGACCCUCCACAGACCAAUCCCCGGAAACGACUUUCUCCUUGCCCUCAUCGCAGGGAUCGAAGUUGAAUGUAAACUCGGCUUAGCCGUUUGGCCGUCCCAUUACGAUGUAGGGUGGCACAUCACUAGCACGACAGGCUCUAUUGGAGCCGCCGUCGCCGUCUCCAAAAUCCUCGGUCUAACAAGCGAACAAACAGCUCAUGCAAUCGGACUGGCAGCAACGCAGGUAACGGGUCUGCGGGAGAUGUUCGGCUCGCACACGAAAUCGUUUCAUCCAGGUCGGGCGGCGCAGAACGGACUGUUGGCCGCUCUGUUGGCCGAAGAGGGAUACACGAGUUCGCUGCAGGCACUGGAGGCGAAACGGGGCUGGGUGAAUGUUUCUUCGGAAGAAGCGUUAGCCAACCUGCACAUCCAAGUCGACAGUCUAGGCAAGACGUGGGAGACGGAGAAGAAUUCCUUCAAGCCGUUUCCAUGUGGGAUUGUCAUCCACCCGGUCAUAGACGGGUGUAUUUCUCUCCACAGAAAACAUCUGACCAGUAGUGAAGAAAUCGUCUCCGUCAUGCUUACCGUCCACCCCCUCGUCCUCGAGUUGACAGGGAAGAAAUAUCCCCGCGACGGCCUCGAAGCAAAGUUCUCCGUCUACCACGGCGCCGCCGUCGGCUUGCUCCUCGGCAAAGCCACCCCGGCCCAGUACGAAGAUGCCGUCGUGCUCGACCCCCACCUCGUCCAGCUUAGAGACCGCAUCGCCGCCGUCGCGGAUCCCUCCCUCCGUCCAGAUGAAUGCCACAUCACCCUCACCUUCGAGAAUGGCGCCCGGCUCGAAAAACACGUCGACCAUGCCGUCGGCAGCGUCCAUCGGCCCAUGACGGAUGCACAGCUGCAGGCCAAAUUCCUCGACCAGUGUGUUCCUGUCCUCGGCGUCGACCGCGCAAACAGGGCAAGUGAUUGGUGCUGGGGUUUGGAAGCUCGGGAUGACAUCCGAUCUAUUCAUGAAGUUUUGUAACACUUGUACUAGUUCUACACUUAUUGUAUGCAAAAG